GAUGAUGAUAAUCGAUAUUGCUGUUCGAUACAACAACAACAACAAGAUCAACAUCAACUACCAAAAUCAACAUCAACAGAUUCAAAUCGUUAUUCAAUGUUUCGUUCAACAUGGAAUAUAUUUACUAAUCAUUUUCAUAGUCCUUGUAUGAAUAGAAAUGAAAAUAAAAUGUGUUGUCGUUCCAAUUGUCAAAAAAGUCAACAACAACAGCAACAACAAAAGCAUCAUAGUUAUGAUGAAAAACAUUCACAACAAUCAAAGAAAAAGAAAAAGAAAAAUAAACAACAAAAAUUUUAUAUUCCUGAACCAUCGACAACAUUAUCAGAUAGUGGUACUGGUAUUGGUGGUGGUGGUGGAAUAAAUACCAAUAUUGAUGAUGAUUUUAUUGAAAAAGAUACAUCAAUAUCUUUACAGGAAAAUUCCACACAACUUAAAUGGGAAAAAUUGUCACCAAGUGAAUUUGAAACCCUACAGGAAUAUAUUCAAUAUUCAAAUAAAAAAGUAACGGACAUUUUGGAAUGUGAAUUCAAAUCGGAUGACGGUGCUCUUUGUCGUUAUCAUCCUGAAGGAGAUAUAGAUUUGGAAGGCUUUAAAACAUUCAUGAGCAUCUAUCUUGAAAAUGAACUUUCAUUAGAUUUAAUAAGACGUUUAUUUUUAUCGUUUGUUAAAAAACCUGAACAUCCUGAACAUCAAACAUCAUCAACAAUCAUACAAUCAUCCAUUGAACAACAAGGAAAACAAUAUCAAACAAAUGAAACAUUAUCAUCACAUCAUCAUCAUCAUCAUCAUUCGUUGAUUGGAGGAGGAAUUUUUUCACAAUCAAAUAGUGCCAUUUCGGGUGCCAUACAUUCAAUUCAGGCAAAAUUUAAUUUUACAAGUUUAGGUGGUAUUGGUGGAAUCAGUGUCGGUGGUGGUGGUGGUGGUAACAUUUCAACAACAGCCGCAUCAUCAUCGGGACAAAAUCAAAAAUUCACUAUGAAUACUACGCCUACGAAUUCAGAUGCUGAAGAAUCACGAUUACAAUGUUCACUAAUGGCAGCAACAUCAAUGGCCAUUUCACCAAAUCAAACAAUGAAAAAACAAUAUCAUCAACAUCAACGACGACAACAACAAAAACAACAACAAUCACAGAAAAAUAAAACAAGUGGAUCGUUGCCUGAAUUAACUCGUGAUUCAAUUGUAUUUCAUGUGAAUAAUAACAAUAACAACAAUAAUAAUAAUAAUAAUAAUUUAACAACAAAUCGAAAUUCAUUAUCAACAACAACAAAACAUUAUUCAGGAACAUUAGCUGAAAAAUAUAUUCAUUCAAUUACUGAACGUUUACAUAAUUUUUCAAUUGCAUCAAAUAAUCAAAAUAUUAAAAAUACUUUCACUGAUUCACAACAACAUCAACAUUUAGAUAUAAUUGGUCAAUCAAUACGAUCUCGUGCUGGUAGUGCAUCCGUCCAUCCGGUUACAUUUACUCAUCAACAACAACAACAACAAAAUCAUCGCUUAAGGGAACAAAAAUCAUUUGAAUCAUCACCAAAUCAUAGUCAAAUAUCAAGAAAUUCAUCCAAAAAAUCAAAUAAUUCAUUGCUUGUUAAUGCACAGAUAAAACCAAUACGAAAAACAAGUUCACAUAUCGAUGUACAUUCAUUAUGGGUACCAUUGAAAGAUGUUGUUUGUUAUCUUUCAUUACUUGAGGCUGGAAGACCUGAAGAUAAAUUGGAAUUCAUUUUUCGUCUUUAUGAUACGGAUGGAAAUGGAUAUCUUGAUAGUAAUGAAAUGGAUUGUAUUGUUGACCAGAUGAUGACAGUGGCCGAAUAUCUUGGUUGGGAUGUUUCAGAAUUAAAGCCUAUACUUCACGAAAUGAUGAUCGAAAUAGAUUAUGAUGCUGAUGGAACUGUUUCAUUGGAAGAAUGGAAACGUGGUGGACUAACAACCAUUCCACUUUUAGUUCUUUUGGGACUUGAUUCGCAAAAUGUCAAAGAUGAUGGCAAUCACGUAUGGCGAUUGAAACAUUUUAAUAGACCUGCCUAUUGUAAUCUUUGUCUUAAUAUGUUAGUUGGUCUUGGUAAAAAAGGUCUUUGCUGUGUUUUCUGUAAAUAUACUGUACAUGAACGUUGUGUACAACGGGCACCUGCAUCCUGUAUCAGUACCUAUGCUAAAUCAAAGAAAACAUCUCAGGUAUUUUUACAUCAUUGGACUGAAGGCAAUUGUACUGGAAAAUGUCAUAAAUGUAGAAAACCAGUAAAAUCAUAUAAUGGUAUAACAGGUUUACACUGCCGUUGGUGUCAAAUGACGCUACACAAUCAUUGUGCUUCCCAAUUACCACCCGAAUGUAAUCUUGGUGUUCAUCGUGAUCAUAUAUUGGCACCUAUUUCUAUUGUGCCUAUUGUUCUGGAACGACAACGUAGUGUUAAUAGUGAACGUGGUGAAAGAAAUAAACAUCGUCAACCAAUAUCCGAAACACAUAGUGUACCAAUCGAAAUGACAACAUUACCAUUGUUAGCUUCGGAUAAUAAUGCACGUAAUAAACAACAACAAGAAAAUAUGAGUCCAAUUUCAUUUCAAAUUACGCCUUUAGAAGGCCAACAUCCAUUGAUUGUUUUGAUUAAUCCAAAAAGUGGUGGCCGACAAGGAACACGAAUUUUGCGUAAAUUUCAAUACUUGUUGAAUCCACGACAAGUUUUUAACAUAGCAAUCAAAGGACCAUAUCAGGCAUUAAGUUUUUGUAAAGAUGUAUCAAAUAUUCGUGUAUUAUGUUGUGGUGGUGAUGGUACUGUUGGUUGGAUAUUGGAUACGAUUGAUAAAAUGAAUUUUACAUCAAUACCGCCUAUAGCUAUUUUACCACUCGGCACUGGUAAUGAUUUGGCAAGAUGUUUACGUUGGGGACCAGGAUAUGAUAAUGAAAGCCUAAAUAAAAUAAUGAAAAAAGUUGAAACAUCCAGUGCUGUUAUGUUGGAUCGUUGGAAAAUUGAUAUCAGUAGCAAUGAAUCAAGUGAUGAAAAAGGUGAUCCUAUUCCAAGUAAUAUAUUCAAUAAUUAUUUCAGUAUUGGUGUGGAUGCAUCCAUUGCAUUUAAAUUUCAUUUGGAGCGUGAAAAACAUCCCGAAAAAUUUAAUAGCCGUAUGAAGAAUAAAAUGUGGUAUUUUGAAUUUGCAACAUCGGAAACUUUUUUUGCUACUUGUAAAAAUCUUCAUGAAGAUGUCGAUAUAAUGUGUGAUGGUCUUCAAUUGGACUUGAAAAAUGGCCCUUCAUUACAAGGAAUUGCUGUAUUAAAUAUACCAUCCAUUUAUGGUGGUUCUAAUCUUUGGGGUGAAAAUGUCAGAAGAAAUAAACAACAACAAUCAACGAAAAGAUCUAAAAUAAAAUCCUAUGGUAUUUAUCACCGAAGAUCCAAUUCAAAUAUAUCUGGAUAUGGUGAAAGUUCGACCAGUAUCAAUAAAGAUUUAGCUAAUGCUGUUCAAGAUAUUGGAGAUAGAAUCAUUGAAGUUAUUGGCCUUGAGAAUUGUAUGCAUAUGGGACAAGUAAAAGCUGGUCUUCGUGCUUCUGGUCGUCGUCUAGCACAAUGUAGUAGUGUUGUGAUAAGAACUCGAAAGCGUUUUCCAAUGCAAAUCGAUGGUGAACCGUGGAUACAGCCGCCAUGUACUAUACAUAUUACACAUAAAAAUCAGAUGCCAAUGUUAAUGGCAACAUUGCCUGAACCUAAAUCACGUUUUUCAUUAUCAUUUUUUCGAAACUAUUGUAACUGUUGUUAUAGUUCAUAUUCCAGGGAUACAAAUGAUGAUGAUGAUUUGGAAAAAUCGACCCAGUAAUAAAAUAACUACGCAAAAUGAAAAUAUAAAUCAAACCGACUCGAACAACAAUCCUUUUUUUUCUCGAUCUCUAACGAUAAAUUUAUGUUAUAAUUU